AUGGAAGAAGAACAUUCUUCAAUGAAUAAUAAUUCAAAUGAAUUUAUUCAUAUGACAUCAUCAUUAAAUUCUCGUCGCUUACAAAUUCGUCGUGGUAUAUUAAGACAUACAUCAACAUAUCGUUCGUCACCAUAUAAUUCAUCAUUGUCUAAUUUAAGACAACGACAAACUUCUCAAGCAAUUAGUAAUUUAAUCACUAAUAUUGAAAAUCCAAUGAAUAUUGAUACUUCAAUCAAUGAUGAUCAAGAAGAAAUUGAAAUAGUUGAAAAUAAUUUUCAUGAUCAAACUGAUAAUGAACAUGAAAAUAAUCACCAGGAUGUAUUUACGAAUGUUUCUAAUAUAACACCAGUUGAUUUAACUGUUACCAAUGAAAAUAAUGAUUUUGAUCAAGAACAAGAUCUAUCCUAUCAAUCAUUAUCAACUGUUGAUUUUGAUCCAGAUGAUGAUAAUGAACAAAGAUUUUAUUAUACAUCAACAUCAAUACCAAUCUAUGAUUAUUCAUCAACAACUGAACCAUUAAUUAUUCAAAAUCAUCAUAAUAUUGAUACAAUAGAACAUCGAUAUUAUGAUGAAUAUUCACCAUCAAUCAUUGAUGAUGAUAAUGAUGAUGAUGAAGAUUUAAGUAUUGAAAUAAUAUUAGAAAGUUCACAAAAUAAUUCUUUAUCAUCAAUACCAAUUUCAACAUCACGACGAAGACGUUCAAUUAUUCCAUCAAAUAUUCGAGGUUUACGUUCAUCUGAUAUAUUAAGUAUUCCACAAAAAAUUUAUAGUUCACUUAAACAACAAAUCAAUGAUAAACAUCAACAAACAAUAUUAACAAAUACACAAUGUUAUAUUUGUUUAGAAGAUUUUCAAUCAAUUGAUUCAAUUAAAAUACUUAAUUGUCAACAUAUUUUUCAUACUCAUUGUAUUAAUGAAUGGUUACGUAAUCAUUCGAAUUGUGCGUAUUGUCGAACAGCAGUUCGUAUUGAUCUAUUACGUUCAUCAUCAACAACAACAGGACAACGACGACGAAUACGUCCAAGACGAAAUAAUCAUUCUAUAUCAAGAUCAUCAACAAAUGAUUCAAUUCAACAAAUAUCGAAUGAAUCUUCGAUAUUAGAAUAA